AUGAAUAUUUCUGAUAUUCAAGCUCUAGCCCAACUAAUACAGCCAGAAGAAGAAGAGGGCUCCUUCUCUAAUAUUAAUAAUAAUCCAAAUAAGGGAAGUAUUUUUGCUCCUAGUGAUAUUGGAUCAAAUGGUUAAAAAAAGGAAGUUGCCAAACCUUAUGCCUAAAUAUAAGUUAAGGUUGGAUAAAAGGAUUAAGAUCAAUAAGUUGUUUAACAAUAGGAGAAAUAGAAAAAUAAAGUUGCAGACAAAAAUGAUAUAUGGGAUAUUGAUGAAGUAUUGUAUUACAAUUUCUUUAGGUUUCUGUAUAAAAUAGGCCAAGAAUGGAUAAUAGAUAAAGACCAGAUGUUGAAGUAUUAUAUAAGCAAAUAGUUGGAACAGAGGAUGUUUUUGGGGGAUGGAGUGGAAUUGAUCCAAGUUCAACUAAGUGUUAAGGAUUGUUAGUAAAGAUUAAAUUACCAGAAACUAAGUUAUCAGAAAUAAAUUUAGAAGUAAUGAAGCAACAGAUCAUUAUGUCGAGCACUCAAUAUUAUUUGGAUUUUAUCCUACCUUACCCAGUAAAUGAGAAAAUGGGAAAGGCAAAAUUUGUUUCGGACAAAUCAAUCUUGGAAAUAGAAUUACCAAUUAUUCGUGAAGAAUUAUAUUGA